UAUGGGUUGAUAUAACGGAUGAGAAUUUCCUUCCAGGUGUUUGCUUGAAAGCACUUACCUUUUGAGCAGUCUAUCUCCAAGCCCGUGAGCCAUUUUGUUUUAUUGUGAGGCUUGGUAGUGAAUUGGCUGUCACAAGGGGCAAAUUUCCGAACAGCCUCACCCUCUUCGAGCCCGUUUCUUUCGCUGCUAUAUUGUUGUAAAAUUCUUAACUUUACUGGAUUUUGACCAGAAUGCUAAACGAGCGUGAGCCGCCGAAACAUCGGCCGGGAUCUAUGGGAAGUGGAGAGAAUCAAUCCCAGAGAAUGGUUCCACCGGAGUUUGGAAAGCCCUCUCUGCUUGGGUCUAACAGGGGAAAUCCUUUCUACAUCCCGAAGCCGAACAAAACUCGCCCAGAACACCACAGGCCGGUGACAAAUUACUCACAAUCACAACAAUCAAGGGACAGGCGUACCGUUGAUCCGUUCCAAGUGGUGAAGCCUUCCUCCGCGUUCACGGGCUACAGGUCCUCAAACAUACCCGAUGACGACGACGUGGUUGAAAUAACUCGCCCUACAAACGUUGUUUGGACCACUCAACCGAGAUCGAAGCCGUAUUUCUCCUCUAAACCCACCCCGUCGAUUAGCAAAUCCCGGAGCAAUUUGAAGAACUUUAUAGACUUGACUGCAAAUACUGUUGGGUCAGCGACGGGUCCCUCUGUGUACGAUGAUGACUCUCGGGCGAUAGAAGCCUACUCGUAUCUGGAUAGCGCGAAGGCAAAUGAGAACAUCAAAGCGUUGCUUGAAGGUGCAUUUGAAGACGAAGAUGACAAGCCCCGAACUAGGAUCCGCAAGAAAAAGAUUCAGACCCAGGUUGAUGAAUUGGCGAACAAACUUCAAGGGAUUAAUGUCAAUGAGCAAAACUCCAUCCAGAAAUCUGCAAAUGAGGGCGAACCGCCAAAAGAAGAAGAGGACGAUGAGGAAGAGGAGAAUGAUGGAACUAUUGAAGGUUUAAAGGUCACACUGCUCCCCCACCAAGUUGAAGGUGUAAGCUGGAUGAGGGACAAGGAAACAGGGCUGAAGAAAACUAGAGGCGUGCUCCCCAAAGGUGGUAUUUUAGCAGAUGAUAUGGGUCUUGGGAAAACCGUUCAGACCAUCGCACUUAUGCUCUCCAAUCCAAGGCCGCCUCCCGGAAAAGAUGGCGAAAAAGAUAACCCGAAGGAUAAGGCAAAAGUCCCUGAUAAAGUAGGGAAAGGAACAUUAAUUGUUGCCCCGGUGGCCUUGAUCAAACAAUGGGAGUCUGAGAUCGAAAGUAAAAUCGAGUCAACCCGUCGGCUGAACGUCGGCGUUUAUCAUGGUCCAGGUCGUGCAAAAAUUGCUAAAGAUCUCGCAAAAUACGACGUUGUUAUUACAACAUACGGCACUUUGAGCUCUGAACACGGAGGUUCAAGCAAGACAAAAGAUACGUCAGAUGGGAAACCUGGAUGUUUUGGAAUACACUGGUAUCGAAUUGUCCUUGAUGAAGCCCAUACGAUCAAGAACCGCAACGCGAAAUCCACACAGGCCGUAUACGCGUUGGACUCACUGUACAGAUGGUGCCUGACUGGUACUCCCAUGCAAAAUAACUUGGAUGAGCUUCAAAGUUUGAUCAGAUUCCUACAGAUUAAACCUUACGAUGAUCUCGCUGCAUGGAGGGACCAAAUCACUCGCCCACUAAACAACGGUCGUGGCGGUUUGGCCAUCCGACGAUUGCAAAUCUAUCUGAAAGCCUUUAUGAAACGACGAACAAAAGACGUAUUAAAGCUGAACGGUGGUCUCGAUAACAAGAGCCCAGAUGAUGAGAAGGAAAGCGAUAAGCCAUCGAGCGGCUUUCGAAUCACAAAGCGAGAUGUCAUCAAAGUCGAGGUUGAUUUUACAACGGAAGAAAGGGAAUUUUACAGUCGUCUUGAGGAUAGAACAGAUAAGAGCCUGGAGAAUAUGAUUGGCCAUCAUAAAUUGAACUAUGCCAGUGCUUUGGUGCUGUUACUCCGUCUUCGACAAGCUUGCAAUCACGCAGAUCUUGUAAAGGGAGAUCUUGCUCGGGAAAAGGAUGCAAUUAUUGCCAAUGGUAACCAAUCAAAGGGCUCUGAGGGAGGCGAUAUGGAUGAGAUUGCCAACAUGCUAGGGGGCCUUAGCGUUGUUAGCAAGCGCUGCGAUAUCUGCUUGAUUGACCUAACUUCAGAGGAGACCAAGAGCGGUGCAAUCAGGUGUAACGAUUGCGAGGCUGAUCUGAAGAUUCAUGUCGGCUUGUCGAAGGACAAAAAGGCAAAGAAGCAGAGAAAGAAGAAGCCCAAGGAAAAGCAGGUCUUCGUGGAGGCCGCCGAGCAACAAACGGCGAGGCGUCAAAGGAAUCGACGCGUUAUUCUUGACAGUGAUGACGAGGAUGAAGGUGAAUGGAUUGUCCCUGAGAAUAAGCGGGUAUCAGAGGAUAUUGGGAGAGCUGGAGGGACAGAUGACGAGAAUGCUGAGGGUGGUGGGGAAUGGAUCGGCUCCGAAGACUCAGAGACUGGUGAGGAUGAGGAAGAUAGUGCUCAAAUCGACGACGAUGACGAUGUAGACGAGGAACAAGACGAUCCGGACUACACCGCGUUGAGGAAUCUCUCAUCCUCGACGAAGAUCAGGCAUCUCCUGAGAAUAUUGAAGCGAGAGGCUGGAGAGUUUAAAUUCAUUGUCUUCUCCGUUUUCACCUCCAUGCUAGAUAAGAUUGAGCCAUUCCUCAAGAGUGCAGGUAUUGGCUACGCGAGAUACGAUGGUGGAAUGAGAAAUGACCUUCGAGAAGCUAGUCUUGAGAAACUCAGACACUCGAGUUCCACUCGAGUGCUUCUCUGUAGUUUACGAGCGGGUUCAUUGGGGCUGAAUCUUACAGCUGCCAGUAGGGUGGUUAUCCUAGAACCAUUUUGGAACCCAUUCGUCGAGGAGCAAGCCAUUGACCGUGUCCACCGUCUGAAUCAAACAGUGGACGUGAAAGUCUACAAGAUGACCAUUAAAGAUACCGUCGAAGAGCGUAUUCUCGACCUCCAGGAGCGCAAACGCGAACUUGCCAGUGCCACCAUCGAAGGUAAGACCGCGGCGGGGAAACUCACCAUGAACGAUAUGCUUGCCUUGUUCCGUCACGAUGCGGAGGCGAGGUACGUGGAAGACGAAGGGUUGGACUUUUCUUCCGGAAAGGGACGGCUGUUGGAGUCCAGGGAGGUGGCGGAAGAUGCGUUUGGGCAUCUGUCCUUGAGUGGUUCUUUGCGGAGUUCGUCUUUGAAUCCGGACCAGAACCAGGGAAGAAGGGCUUCACCGCCGGUUAUGGAGCGGGAUCUGAACAAAAACAGGAAGCGGGUGCAGGAAAGCUCUGUAUACGGGCGGAGAUGGUGACGCAGGUGUUUCGUUUAUUUGAAAUUUCGGGUACUGAACCCAUACUGUCUUUUGCGUAACACCAUUGUUUGCUGGGUUAUUAGAUUUGGGGCGGGCGGCGUUUGUUUCCGGAUUCUCGAGGCUUGGUGGGAUCAUAUCGAACUGUGGUUACCUAGACCUUUUCUUUUUUCUUUUUUUAAAUUUAAAUUUGACAUCACUUUUCUUUUUC